ACCAGCAGGCGUGGAACAAAAGGAAGUUUGACUUGAGGAAAAUACUGUUGCCAGUGUUGUUGGGUUAUUUUCCCUUUACUAGUUCGGCCACGCGGGACAGCCGAGCAAUAAUGGGCCUGGAUAAUUUCACGAUACAAUCAUCAGCACAUUUCCUGUGCGAACAGAGCUGAAAUUAACUUGGCGACACAUUCUCCUGUCACGGAGUAACAGUAUUCAAUUCACACGUUGUGAAUUCACAAUAGUCGCCACUGAAAAUGUCCAGAAUGCUAGAUCAACUGCGCCUUCUUCUCUGGAAGAAUUUCCUGCUGAAGCGGCGACAGCCUAGCCAUGUGUGCCGGCUGCAGUCAAGGUCGUCUGUGUGCUCCCGUCCGCAGCAGAUGCUCUCUCUGCUGCCGCUUGUGCUGCUUGUUGGCAUGGUGACCAUGGCCGACGCGUCGGCGGGCGACCGCGACCCGGCGUACACUGCGUGCCGGCAGCGAUGUGGGGUUGGGACGUGUACCCAUGGCGACAGGGACAUGACGACAACGGCGACCGUGUGGACGGUGUCCGGCUUGGCUUGGACGUGCGAGGAUAACUGCGGCUACGUGUGCAUACACGCGGUCACCGAGGAUCGCAUUGCCAGCGGCUUGCCAGUGCUUCAGUACCACGGCAAGUGGCCGUUCUAUCGCCUCUGGUCGUUUGUGCAGGAGCCGGCGUCCGUCCUGUUCUCCUUGCUCAAUCUCCUUGCCAAUGUCGCUGGCUUGGCGCUGCUUAGCCGCAAGCCCUGGUCACGCGACUAUGCAAUGUCCGGUCUGUCUCGUUGGCAUUGUGUGAUAAGCUGCAAUGCAUGGCUCUGGUCCAGUGUAUUUCACAGCCGCGACCUCGUCUGGACCGAGCGGCUUGACUAUUUCUCGGCAACGGCCAUGGUUCUCUUCAGCGCCUAUUGUAGUCUUGUGCGCAUGGCCAUGCUGGGACGACCCGUUGCACGCGUUGCGGUUGCGCUUCUCCUUCUUCUGAUGUUUGGUGCUCACGUGGGCUAUUUGUCGCUGGUGAAGUUUGACUACGGUUACAACAUGCUGGCCAACGUGUCGGUAGGUCUUGUUAACAUGUCUCUGUGGCUGGUGUGGUGCGCACGCCACUAUUCACGGCAGCCAUACGUCUGGAAGUGUGCCGCCGUACUGCUGUCGACGGCGGCGCUCAUGUUGCUAGAGUUGGGUGACUUUGCACCGCUGUGGUUCGUGCUCGACGCUCACUCCCUGUGGCAUCUCGGUACAGUUCCACUGCCAUUGCUCUGGUACUCGUUUCUAGGUGACGAUGCACGGUUCCUGGCCGGCGAACACAAGAAAGUAGAUUAAUCGUUCCGCCACAGUAUUGAGUGAACUCCGGAUUUGUUGUUCUACUGCUGCUGGAAGCAUCAUUACAGCAUACUUUUCUGUGGCUCGCUUGUUGAGAGACUUAUCCCCUCUCCCCUGACUCACUUGUGAGGUCUGCAUUCGACACUGAGGAUAUAUUGGCGAAGUGGUGGCCCGCCGAUGCGAAUGUAUUUGCUUGAUGUGUUCCUAAACACGUCAGGUGAUGUGGCCGCGAAUCCGGCUAACUUUUUUUAAAUCUAUGGCAAGUACCCUGUGUCUGUAGCAGUACAGUGCAUGUACCUUGUUUGUAGACCUCUAUUCCAGCGGUGUGCGAAUGAAACAGGAGAGACGUACGUGCUUGCUUGCUCCUGAUUUCCGUCUUGCCUGAUUUUCGUCUCUGUAUAUUGACUUCUCAUUCAACGCUAUAAUGCUGGUUGGUCACUCCAGCCUUGCUGUGCUUUGCACUAUUCCCCUUUUUUAUACAGAUUUUUUCUUUAACCAAUAGGUAUGUGCCAACAGCUGCUAAUCACACUAUGCUGCUAAUCACUGAAAUUCCUUUCAUUCAUUCAGCGUUUCGGUCUGCGACCAUCAUCGGGAGCGCAUCUUGAGCUUAUUUUUUAAUGGCAAAGUUCGUCUAAGACAGUCUGUCAGGUCCGAA